CUCUCUCUCUUCUCUCCCUCUCUGUCUCCGCAGCUUGAAGUGUUCAGCCCCGUUAAGUGUCGAAAGGUGUAUUGAGAAUGGCAAUGAUACUGGCGUACUGGGACAUACGUGGGCUUGCACAGCCUGCCCGCCUGCUGCUGGAGUACACAGGCACCAAGUAUGAGGACAAGUUUUACUGCUGUGGUGAAGCUCCCGACUAUGACAAGAGCUGCUGGUUUGAUGAAAAACAAAAACUGGGAAUGGACUUUCCUAAUCUGCCCUACUUGUUGGAUGGAGACAGGAAGAUAGUCCAGAGCAAUGCCAUCAUGCGAUACAUUGCUCGUAAGCACGAUAUGUGUGGAAAGUCGGAGGAUGAGAAAAUCCGUGUGGACAUCAUGGAGAACCAGUCAAUGGACUUUAGAAACGGCUUUGUGAUGAUGUGCUACACGGAUUUUGAUGGAAAAAAGAAAGGGUAUUUUGAGAAGCUGUUGGACACGCUGAAGCAGUUCUCGGACUUCUUGGGAGAAAGGAAGUGGUUUGCAGGUGACAGUAUCACUUUUGUGGACUUCGUCAUGUAUGAGCUGCUGGAUCAACACAGGAUGUGCUUCCCUUCAUGCCUGGAUAAGUUCAACAACCUGAAAGGUCUUAUGGAUCGUUUUGAGAAACUGGAGAAGGUCGAUGCCUACAUGAAGUCAAGCAGAUUCAUUAAGACUCCUGUGAACAACAAGAUGGCCAAGUGGGGGAACAAGAAAGAAUGUUCUCAAGUUUGAAAUCGAUUUCUCGUACAUUAAAAAUGAGAGAACUAUAACCUGUUACCAAUAGCCCAGUUUUGAUAUCACCUGUUUUGGGUUUUUUUUCUCUCUUGUUGAAUCAAAAUUGUUUAAAAAGUAUUCCAACUUUGUACUUUUAUGAUUUAAGAUUUGUAGACACUUUCAUCUAAAUGAAAAGAUGUAAUUUGUUUGAUACAUCUUGAAACAAGUGUCAUUGAAUGUACAUUUCAUGACAUUUGAAAAUCAAUUAAAGGAAAAUACAACA